CAUCGGUUCACGAUUGUUGAAUUAUCAAAUAGCUGUUGUCGUUCAGUCGUUCAUUGUAGUUGAAAAUUUCGAAUUGAAUUCGUUUUAUUAUUAAAUGAGCGAGACUUUUGAGCAAUCUUAAUUGGCCCGGCGUCCGAAUCUUAUUAACUAUUAGUUACAAUUAAAUUCAAGAACUCGAGGCCGUCGUUGUUUAUUAUUAUAAAGUGUCAUGGGUCGAAGGAAGAGUAAAAGAAAGCCACCCCAGAAAAGGAAAGCCAUAGAACCGCUGGACACACAGUUCAAUUGUCCGUUUUGCAAUCACGAAAAAUCUUGUGAGGUUAAAAUGUAAGUAUUGUGUAUGUAUUAAUGUGUGCGGAAAGUUGUCUCGUUCGUCUCUCGGCCAUAAUCUCUUGAGUGGUAUCUUCGCUAUUUUCUUCAGGUCGCAUAUAUUACGGUUUGGUAAAUAUUUAAUUUCUUUCUUCCGCCGACAAAUCAUUACUUACAUGUUAUAAAUUUUACAGGGACAAAAGUCGUAAUAUAGGUAAAGUAUAUUGCCGCGUUUGCCUGGAAUCAUUUCAAACCACGACCAGCUUUUUGUCAGAACCUGUGGACAUAUACAACGAUUGGGUAGAUGCGUGUGAAGAAGCUAAUUAAUAGCGGGUGGCUACAAACCAAAGUAAUUGAAACAAAUAUUUAUUGUUUAUAUGCGUUGAAUUAAUUUGUUUCACUUUAUACAUUUUAUUUUGAUGAAAACGUUCCGCCUAAUCAUAUCCAUUCAAUUAUUAAUUAUUGAAAUUAACUAUAAAUCAAUUACUGGUUUAAUUACUGUUAUGAGUAAUAUCAGUAUAAAUUGAUCGAUAUACAGUUUUUACCCAUCUUCAAUUUGGAGACAAGUCAUUUACUUAGGCACUUAGAAAGUGUAUAAUGACAUACACCAACGGUUUCCAAACUUUUUUGGUUCACACAAUCAUAAUAAUUCAAAAUAAAUAAUUGUUCCUCCAAUGAAUAAAUUAACUACAAUUUUGUAUCACUUAAAUAUUUAUAUAUUUUCUUAACAAAAAAAAUCAACCAUAAAUAUUAUUUAAUUUCAAUUAUAAUGUAACCAAAUAUUUUUAUUUUUAUGAAAAAAAAAACAACAACUAUAAGUAUUUAAUUUUAAUUUGAACAAUGUGUUCUUUUUGUUCAAUAAUUCUUAAAAAUUAGGUAACAAUGUUGUAACAGCCACGCACAUUUCUUUUUCAACAUUAAGUUUUUACCAAUAUUUUGAUUACAAUACAGCCAGUAUAGAAAAUCCGGCUUCACAUAAAUAUGAUAUUCCAAAUGGUAGUAAUAUACGCAAACUUUUACUGUUUAACCAAUUUAACAAUAUUCCAUGAAUGCCAAAAGUAGAUAUUUUAUCUUAAAAAAAGGUUUAAUAAGAACUAUUUAAUAUAGGCACCAAGUAUUAAAGAGUGACACUAUCAAUUUCAAAAUUUGACUCAUCGUGUUAAAUUCAAAAACUUUAAAAGUACAUUUUUUUUCUUAAACCCCCACCCUCAGAUACGGCAUUGAUCAAAAUCGCUAUUAUGAAACCAUUUAACCUACAUUGUGUACAAAAUAUAAACCAAAAAAAUUCUAAUUAUUUGAAAAUCAGAGUUUAGAAUAUAUAAUGCCUAUUUGAAAACAUAAUAAUUGUGCUGAUAAGUUUGUUAACGUAACUAAUGUGUAAAGUUUUAUGUUAUAAUAUACUACUUGCUCCUUAAUUAAUCAGAAAGAAAUCUGUAUUUAUUAGAUAAUGAUACGUAUGAGAUUGACAGAUUUUUCAUUUACUAAAGGUGUAACUUUUUUACCAGAUAAAAGGUUGUUUGAAACAUCCCAUCCAAUCAUCCAUCUGCAUCAGUUUUCAAAUAUAUUAGAUUAAUUAAAGAACAGAUGAAUAGUGAAAAUAGUUUUGAUCAAUAUCUCUUAUUGUACCCAAAAUUAUUAUUUUUAUAUUUUUCUAUUAACAUUAAAUAUUAUUAUGAUAUAUUCACAAAAUAACUAAUAUAUAAAAUUAACUUAUAAUAUUUAUUAGAGUUGUUUAUAAUUAAAAUUAAUUUUAUAAGAAGAAAAUUAUUAGGAACUUAUAUUAUUAUUUAUUACUAAAUUAAAAUAAAAAAAAACAAACAUAAAAAGUUUCUUUUGUAUCUAUUUAACUAUUAAUAUUAUAUAAAACCAGAAUUGAGGUCUUAUAAAACUUAAAAUUAACAAAGAAAAACUCUAAAUAAUCAAGAAAAGUAUUUUCAAAUAUUAUAUUUGAACUCAUAACAUAAUAUAAAUUUAGAAUAGAACUGCUUAAUUUAAUGCUAAUUAAAUUAAAAUGCUAAACGUCUGGAACAUUAAUUAAUUAUAAUAUAUGUGUAAAAUGUAGAAACCCAAUCUGAUUUAUAUAACUUGUUGGUACUAUUAUAAUAUGUUAUAAUCAAAUACAUACUGAUAAUUAUAGGCUCUCUUCAUUCUUGUUAAAGUGCUAUAAUAUUCCUCAUUACCAAUUAUAUUAAUAUUGAUUUUUUUUUUGUUUUUUUUUUUUUAGGUUCUACAAAUUAACAGAUACCAAAAUAUUUUUAGUUCGGUUUCAGCAUGAUAUUAUAACUUUGUAUACUAGAAAUAUUAUCGGUGUUUUUUUUUUUUUUUUUGUAGUCACCCUAUAUAUAUAUUAAAUUGUAUAGUAGUUAAAUCUUACAUACCAAUAUUAUUGCAGUCAUGACAUACCAAUACGCAUAUUUUUUAAUGGACUUGAUCUGUUAAUCAUACUAAAUUUAUAUAAUAAUGUUUUUUUAUCUUUUAUAUUAUAUUUUACCUAUUCUUUAUUAAAUCUAUUAUUGUGUGAUAUGAUUCCAAAAUUUUAUAAUAUAUCAUUAAAUUAUUAUUUAUACAAAAACAAAAAUGUAUAACCUAAAAUUAAAAUACAUAAUAUUCCAAGCUAAGUUUAUUCUUCGUCUUUUUUGAUUUCACUGAAAUGUGUUAAGUUGUUCAUAAUACUAUUUAUGAUGUGACUUAGAUAAUUCUUUUUUAUACAUG